GAGAAGCACGAUGUCUGAAUCCAGAAGGAUCAUAAUGUCUUCAUUCAUGAUGCUGCUGCUCCACUUUCCAGCUGCAGAUGUGAAAGAUAACUUCUGCAUUGUCAGAGUUGGACAUAAAGUCGCUUUGCCUUUUGAAAAUGUGAUACAUGAUCAGGAUGAGUGUAACAGUACUACCUGGCUCUUCAGUGAUUCAAGAAGCUCAGUGACACUGUUUGAAUACGGAAGGAUUCACAACGAUGCCAAAGCUAAAUCAGCCAGAAUGAGAGUUGAAAAAAACUGUUCUCUGGUUAUAAAGAAGGUCACAGAGGAGGAUGCUGGUCGUUACACCUGCACACAGUAUAUAUCAGGAAACCAACAAGGUCAUGGAUCAUAUGUUGGUCUGUCUGUUGUUACCUUGACUGAACAUCAGGACACUGAUGAGGUGACGUUAGACUGCUCUGUGUCGACAAAUGGAGACUGUAGAGACAAAGUGAAGUGGCUGCUUCAGGGUCGAGAUGUGGAUAAAGAUCACAGAGAUAUAAAGACAUCACAGUCUUCCUGCUCUGCCUCUGUGACAUUUCUGACUUCUCAUUUUAGUAACACAACAAGGUCUGAGUUGUUUACUUGUGAAGUAAGAGAUGGUGCCAACGUGCAGACCUUCAGUCCUCAGACCUCAGGUGAGGACAGAAAACCAGCAACAACUAAUCGACCACCACCAACAACAACAACAACAACAGCUAAAAACAACAUAAACUCAGGUGGUGAUGCAGGGAAGGGGACUACAGUGUCAACAACAUGGACAACAGUGGAAAUUAGGACAAAAGAGAAAACCAAAAAUGCAUCUGAUAAUGACAACAAUCAAACAGGACAAGACAAUAAAGGUUGGUGGUGGUGGAUCAUCGUUGUGAUCGUGGGUGUUGCAGCACUCACAAUAAUCACUGUGGCUGUCAUCAGACGGAAGAGGACUCAAGGAACUGAUACGGAGACGGAUGACAACGUGGCUGACCCUGAAGAUGGUGUUUCCUACGCCUCCAUCAGCUACACCAGGAAGAGCAGCAGGAAAGCCAGGGCUCACCUUCAUGAUGAUGAUGAAGAAGAUGAUGCAGUGACCUACAGCACUGUGAGAGCCCCCUCCUCUUCCUCUGCUGCCUCCGCUGAUCCCAGCCUCCUCUACGCCACCGUCAACAAACCAAGAAAGAAACCAAUGUAAUGUUUAAAUCAAUAGCAUGAUCACUUGGAUCAAAGAUUUAGAGUUUAAGGGCACAGCUAGCAGAGUUUAAUCAGAUUUAUAUUAACCUUGUUUUUGCUUUCUUUAGCUUAAAUGCAUCAAAGUGAGAGUACAGCAGCAGCUUUAUGAAAACAUGUGAGUCCCUCUAGAGGUGGAUUGUGAAAAAGGUUCAGACAUGUUGGAGAUUUACUGUAUUCUGAAUAAUUAGAGCAUGGGCAAAAUGUGUUUUUUUUAAAUUAAUUCUUGCUUGGUUUUAUUAACCGUUGUUUAGUUAUAUCAUUUAAUGGAAUAUUGCAUUUUCUUUAGUAUAUUUGAUUGUGUUGUAUUUUACCAAAUGAAGUUACCUAAUAGCCUUACCAGACUGCAGAUGUAUUUCCAUGUAACACCUUUUAAGUGAAAUAUGUUUUGCUUUGUUUGGAGUUUUGUGUUGGAAAUAAAAAACGUUUUCAGGUGAAA